CUCAGUGGUUCCCAGCAGACUGAAGGUUUCCAUAUGGGUGAGUUUUUCCUGUAAAUAACCUUUUGUGUAUUUACAGCUACCAUCUUUCCAUUAUUGUCACCAUAUACCCAGCCAUCCAUCUUGGUGGAGGCAGAGUGAGAAACAGAGAGGUCCUCAAUGAUGGACAAGCACUGUUUUUAUCGCUUGUUAGCAAUAGCAGAAAUGUUGGGUCAUUAUCAAUGAUCUUUUGGUCACCAGGCUGAAACAGAAAACCACAUUGGCUGAUAUGAAUGAAAUUAACUGUUUCAGGGUACAUGAUGCCAUGACUUUAAGGAAAAAGAUAUGGAAGUCAUUGUCUAUUAUCUGUUGUAUAUGAGCAGUUGCAUCGUGCUUUAAGAAUGCUUAAAAUAAAUCUGUAAAUACAAAGGCUAGAAAGGGAAAGGAAUAAAGAGAGUUGCUACCUUCUAUAUGGGUAUGCAUCCUCUCCAGAUGUUUUAACUGGAUGUGGUGCCUGCUAAACAAAAACUUGUAUUCUGCAAUACAAGAAUGUGAAUCAUUACCAGUUCAAGCUACAGAGAAAGUGUAUAUUCUUAGUAACAAGGUUAAUUAGCUUCAUGUUCAACAUAACAAGAGCAAUUUGUCCAUUAAGGGAAUACCAGCAUUCAAGAAUAGUUUUCUAGAGGAUACUUCCUUGUAAGCAGUGGCUGUUGCCUGCUUUCACUCAGAAAAAGGUUGGGGCAGUCCUGUGACCAGUAUUGUGGUCAUUGCAUGACUGUAUGAUAGACUCUCUGGGAUGAACUCAAGUGCUUCUAAAAUAAUCUUUCAGAAACAUAACCAAAGAGAAUCAUAGAAUGGCUUGGGUGGGAGCGGAUCUCGAGGAUCAGAUAGACUUGUAACUUCUGGAAAACACGUAAAUGUUGUAAUUCUUUUCCAAGAUCAUCUUGCAAUCAUAGUUAUGGAAAAUGAACAAGAUGAAGUAAAAAAGGCAGAGUUUUGCCCAAGUUUAAAAAAAAAAAAAAAAAAGUAGGGACAGGAAAAUGAAGAUUCUGCCAUUGAGCUCAGUUUGUCUUGGUCAGUUUGAUGUUUUCUUUGUUUCAUUCCCUUAUUGACAGAUGAGGUCAGAAAUGUGACUUCAUUUGAAACUAGAAAGCAACAAAUACUUGUAUUGAGCAAAUAUUCUGAAGUUACUGAUACAGAGAAUUAAACAAUAAGGAAAAAGGUCUGUUGGAGUCUUAUUCAGGUUUCAGACAUUCUGAGUAGCUAGUUCUUAUUAUGGUCUGUAUAUAAUAGGCACUUCUUGAAGAAAGCACAUCUUCUAAGAGAACAUCACUUUAAUGAAAGAUAGUCACUGCCAGUAAAUGCUGUGAGGCAGAACAUGCUAAUACAGGAAUGGACUAGAACAGAUUCCUGAACUUUGUGUCAUCAGAAGCAAGACUAGAGGCAGAAAAUGGAGGAUUCUUUUUUCUGAAAUUAGAAGAGGGUUUGUAAAGCUGAAGUCAUACCAGGGCAUAGGACUCAUCAGGAUUCUCUAAUGUCUCUGGAGUUUAAUGCUCUUAUAGCCGAACUCCAAGUGGGAUCUUCUUGCAGGAAACUCCUCAUCUGUGCUGGGCUAGAGGGCAGCCCUCUUGCCUGUCUAAACCUACUGCUCACCUGCACCUGUAAGGUCUUUUUCAGCAUGCUUCCUUUGUUUUAAGAGAGGCAUCGCUGCUUUCUCUCAUUAACCAAUGAUAAGCCUGAGCACAAAAAAAUAAAUAAAUAAAAAUCACAACAAAUGGGGCAGGAAUGUGCCUAUAGUUCCUAUAAUAGCAAGGGUUCCUAUUUCUGCAGUCUAGGGUCCCUGGUCCUAAAUGUGCUGGACUUUAUGGUGUGAUGGGGGUCAUCCUCUGCUUGUGGGUAACAGGGAUAGGACAAGAGGGAAUGGCCUUAUAUUGCACUGAGGGAGAUUUAGGCUGGAUAUGAAGAAAAGUGAAUUCUGAGAAGGACUGAUGCACUGGAACGGGCUGCCCAGGGAGGUGGUGGAGUCACCAUCCCAGGUGGUGUUCAAGAAAGGGUGGAUGUGGCACUGAGGGACGUGGUCUAGAGUGGUCUCAGGUGUGAACUGAUGUUAGGUCUGGAUGAUCUUAGUGGUACUCCCUACCUUAAUGAUUCUAUGAGCCUAUGACUCUGUGAAUAGCUGUUAUCCUGUGAUUGUUUCCAGCUCUCAUUUCUAUCCUCACUUCUGAGUUUCGCUUCUGUAGGUUGUGCAACUUCUAAGGACUCUAACGAGAGCCCUCUUUCUGUAGUACCAAUUGUGGCAAUUAACAAGCUACUCAAGGAGUCUGUCUCUCCCAGGCAUGGGUACUUGACCUUGUUAACAUGUAGGUGACUGUCUGGAGUAGUGUAUUCAGCUAGAAGAAGGAGCUCAGACGCAACUGUGUGGGGAACCCUAGUAUAGAAACCUUACAGGACUUUUUUCCCUUGUAAGGAGAGGAGAAACAAAUUCAGGAGAGUAUUUUACAUUGAGGAGGAACUACUCUGAAUCAGAUUAGGAAUGCAAAGAGUAGAGAAAAGUUCAUGAAAGUGCAAGAAGGCAUUGCUAAACGUCAACUUUGCAAAAGAAAUUAAAGUAAUUAGUAAAAGCUUCUUCAGCCAUGUAUAUUAAAAAUAUGAGAAGAAGUGAGGCCUCUGGGGAAAGGGUAGGAAGAAGUUAGUUUGAGUCAUGUCUUCAGAUCAAAAUACACAGAAUGGAAUCCUGGAAUCAUUUGAGCUGGAAAGGCCCCUCUGGUCCAACUCCCCUGCACUGAAUAGUCACCUACAGUAGGUCAGGUGCUCAGAGCCCCAUCCUGGCCAACCUUGAACUUCUCCAGGGACGGGGUACCCAUCACCUCUCUGUGCAAAUGUUGCCAUGCCAUGAAUAAACUUGGUAAUAUGUGUCUAGGGAAGGGUUAGUACAGUAGGAGGUUGUUGAAGGUCUGUGUAAGCAAGUAAGGAACCUAUAGACUGGGCAACAAGUAGAUGCGUCUGUUCAGAAUGAAAGCAGAAAAUGAGUUUUGCAUCUGGAAAUUAAUUUAACAAAACCAACUUCAGCUGUUUGUGUCACAUCUUGGCAUUACUGGUGCCAGUACAGUCUAAUAUCAUCAGUGAUCUGAGUGAUGGAUGGAUGCACCUUCCUCAGAUCCACUGCUGUUACCAAACCAGAGGGAACAAUCAGUACGUUGGUUAACUUAGCUAUACAGCCUUAGAAUCAUCUACGUUGGAAAAGACUUCUGAGGUAAUCAAAUCCAGCCACUGAUCUAACCUACCAACUCCCAUGAAGCCAUAAACUGCAUAGUAUUUGAAGACUGAAUUAUGGCUCUGCAGCUGAGAAAUCAGACACACCACUCUGAAAGCAAGGAAAGCAUGAAGAGGUGCUCAUGGAUGCAGGUGAGCAGUGUGUUUCUGUGCCUGAGAGGGCUGCCAUAAGGAUCAACACAGGUAAUUUGCCUGCAAGAAAACUCCAGCGGGGGCUUGGUUCCAUAUGGGGUAGGAGGCAAGUGAUUGCAGGAUCCCUGCCUCCUGUGUUGCAAAGCUGGAAGAGAGCCCAAGACUUGCAGGAAGGACAAAAGGAUGGUGUUCUGUGUGUAGGCAGUAGAACUACUGUGGGUGUUUUAAUCCUUGCUUAUGUUGUGGUUCCUAAUUGGUGUUGCACAAGUCGCGUAUUAAAAAAUGUUCAAGCUUGGCUGCCUUUUGCAGGAUCUUUCUUUUUGUGGAUGCACAAUAGUGUUUGCAAUCAGUGUGCUGAACUCAAACUGCUAUAAAAAUGCUGAGUGGUGUGGAAAAAUAAAUCCCAAAUUAUAACAGUGGGAAGACAAAAUGGUAUUGACGCAGGCAUUGGAUCACUGUGUGUUUUAGUUCCUCUGUAACAAUAUAUAUAGUGAUUUUAGAUUCUGAUGGGUUGGGACCUUAAACCUUAGGGGCAUAUGUGAAGCUGGGGCAUGCCAAGGAUUUGUUUCUUAGGAACUGCAGGUUAAAGGAGAUCCACAGCAUAGGGAUAUGUGGUGAUUGUCACAUAGAUUAUUACUGGCCCUCAUUAAAAAGAAUGUGAGCUUGCAGUUACAAAUGAUGCAAUGAGUAGAGUUUUAGCUGAGAGUUUCACAGUGCUUAGACAGAACCUCACUUUGUGCUUCACUGUAACAGCAUGGCUGAGUUCUCAGCAUCUUUUUAAAUUAUUAUUGCUCACCCAUAAAAUACAGCUGAGAGUGAAAGCGAAGUUUGCUACCACCCAAAUGGUGGGAUUUCAUGGGUGCCUUUUCUCUUUUGAAAAAGAUAUUAAAAUUGUUUUCACAAGUAAAAAAACAAUAAAAAAAUAUAUAAUAGCUUACUACUUAUACCAGACUUAAGGAAUGGACUGAAUCAUAGAAUAACAGAAUCAUUAAGGUUGGAAAAUGCCUUUAAGAUCAUCUGGUCCAAACCAUCUACCUACCACUGAUGUUUUCCCACUAGACCACAUCCCUCAGUGCCACAACUCCAUGGUUCUUAAACAUGUCCAGGGACAGUGACUUCAACAGCUCCCUGAGCAGCCUGUGUCACUACAUCACCACCCUUUCAAUGCAGAAAUUCUUCCUAAGCUCAUACAGACUUGGUUUGAACAGCCUGGAUCCUGUACCUCUUGGUUUCCCAAGCAGAAAAGCAGCACCCAUGCAGGUCAAAGGCUUCUCACAGCCCUUCAGGCUCUUUUGCUGUGUGCUGGUUAGACUGCACAUGGCUGUGCACAUUCAGAGCCGGCCUUGAGCACAGACAGCCAAACCCGCGGGGAGGAGAAAGAAGCUGCAGGGCUCGUCAGGGCACUCAGGGCAGCUCAGACAUUCCAGGGAUGAUAUUUUCCUGGAAACAAAGUACUUCAUUGCUGUGCACCUUAGUGCUUCAUUCUUUCUGGAUCUAGGGCCAUUCUGUGCUGUGACAGUUUAUCUGCAAUGGGUUAAAUGAAAAUAGAUGGAUAUACACUGUAUAUAUACUGGAUAAAAAUGUUGUUGUAAUAGCUAUUGGUCCAGCAGUCAUGUACUGAAUUUCUGGAGAUCUGGACAACUUUGUCAAGUGCUUAUGCAAGGAGAUGUCACAGACAGAGCUCUGUGCAUCUGGACAAGCUCCGAGAUGCGUACCAUAUAGAUUUUGUGGGUGUGUGGGCUGUUGUUGCAGAACACUGUGGUGCAUAUUCACUUUAACAGAUUUCUCAAUAGCUUCUCUGGAUAAACAUGCCUGCUGUGGCUUUCACUAUCUGGACUUUUCCAUGCAGCUCUGGAAUGAGUUUGGUGACCUGGAUAACACAGCCAAAGUUAUUUUGCUUUCAGAUAGGGAAAGGAUGUGCUUGAGACAUUCUAUGCUUGUUAACUCUAGUAUCUUCUUGGUUCUGUGUUCUCCAUCUCCUCAUAGACCAGAAACAAAACCUCCAUUUUCAUCUGUUCCUUUUCAGGUAGCUGCUAGGUUUGCAAGUGAAUAAGGGCAAGUUGUGUGAAUAAAUGUAGAAUAACUUGAAUGUUUGUGUUUUUUUGGAAGUGCUUAAAAAACCCCAAACAACCCACACUUGCAACAACUAUUGCAUAUUUUACUACCACUACAAGUGUGGAUCAGGCCUUAUGUAUGUUGUACUACUCCACACACACACCACUCUGGAAUGUGAACACAAUGUGACACUUUUACUUAGACCAAGAUAAAGAGUUACAAAAUGCCAUGUGGCAGAACAGUGUAAUUUUUUUCCUCUCAUUCUUUUAUCGCUGCCUUUUAAUGAAUAUCAAUAGUCCCAUUUCUCUUUCAGCUAGGGUGGUUCAAGCAUUGCUACACAUCGGAAUAUUUAAAUUGAUGUUUUGGGCUUGAGUGAUUAAUUUGCAAGGUGUUAUGUGAUUUGAAGCAUUAGAAUUGCAUCAUUUACAGCUCUUUGUCAGCCAGAAUGGCUGCCUGCUCCAUGCAGGGCUGAGGGUAAGGCAGAUAUCUCUACUGUGUGUGAUUUUUGCUGUCUCUGUCUGAUGGUUCUUGUGCUACUACUACAGAAAAUAAAGGAAGACAAAAACUAGACCUCACAUCUGGCACUGUUUGCAGUCUGAAAAUUGCACAGAGCAUACUAAGAAAGGUAACUGGAAGAAGCAAAACUUCAUGAUCCCUUUUAGCUCAUACAGCCUGUAAACUCCUUUCCAGUUUCUUAAGCAGAAAAUCUCUGAAGCUAUUCAAUAUACACUAAAUGAAAUCUUUGUCCCUUUGAACAACCCUUGCCUAGGCUUCCUGCAUGCUGUCUGUCUGGGAGAGAGAAUACACAAGCGAAAGUGGACCUUGCCUUGCUCAAGAACACAAGUUGGGUGCAUUCAUCACAGCAAUUAUAUUAUCAAACAGAAAUGUGUUUAUAGUUUUGUUUUGUUUUUUACUUUGAACCUGUAGACUGUAACUAUUUCUUCCUGUGCAGACUAAACUGUGUGUCAGGUGAGAGAGAGAGAAGGUGUGAAGAAUCACUUUGAGGAGCAGCCUGUCUUAGUAAUAAUGGGGGAGGUUAGGACAACUAUUAUAUUAAUGGAGGUGUCUCAGUUAAGCAUGUUAAUGACAUUUUUAACUCAUUCUUCACCAGUAAGUGCUCUAGCCGUGCUGCCCAAGCUGCAGAAAGCAAAGCCUAGGAUCCAGAGAAUGAAGAACCUGCCAGUAGAGAAGACCACAGAUGAGACCACCUAAGUGUAUGAAUGUUUGUAUUCAGUGAAGUAGCCUACAGAUCUCUUGAGUAAUCAGACCUUCCAGUGGCAACUCAGAAAGGACAAGAAGAAACAGAGCAUUUAUUCAUGGGUGUGUCAGAGUCUGGCGUGAACAUGGAAGAGGAGGGUGUGUCUGUGCGAAGGGAGUCAACCAGCCCUAGAAGCACAGGGUGUGGUUGGGGCUGAGACUGUAUAACGGGCAGGCUGGCAUGGCUCUUCUGUCUGAGCACAGUGCGGCAAGGCUGAGAUGAGUGAAUCUCAGUGCUGAAUGCACAUCCAGAAGUGCAGAUGGCUCCACAGACAGGCUCCACAGAAAAGGAAAGGAAACCUGUUUCAGCCUUUCUACAGCUUUUCACUUGGGAAGAGAUCAGAACCCACAAUGGCCGUGGCCCAAAUAAGGAGCAGUGGCUGGUGAUUGACAGGAAUGUUUACGAUGUCAGCAAUUUUUCCAAAUGGCACCCUGGAGGCAGCCGGGUUAUUGGCCACUAUGCUGGACAAGAUGCAACGGAUGCCUUUGUAGCAUUUCACAGUGACAAGGCUUUGGUGAAGAAAUACUUGAAGUCUCUGCUGAUUGGGGAACUGGCACCAGAUCAGCCCAGCUUUGAGUCUAACAAAAAGAAAUCACUUUUAGAAGACUUCCGUGAGCUGCGCUGCACAGUUGAGAAGAUGGGACUUCUGAAUCCAGAUUCCACCUUUUUCUUCCUGAUUUUCUUUCACCUCCUGGUACUGGAUGCUGCAUCCUGGCUGACAGUCUGGUACUUUGGGAUAUCAUUAGUACCCUUCCUUGUUGGCAUGGCAUUCUUCACCAUUGCUCAGAUCCAGAUGGGCUGGUUCCAACACGAUCUGGGGCACUGCUCUGUCUUUAGGAAGCCUAAAUGGAACCAUCUGCUGCAGAUCAUUGUGAUAAAUACCCUGAAGGGAUUACCUGCCAGCUGGUGGAAUCAUCUGCACAAUCAGCACCACGCCAAACCCAACUGCUUUCGCAAGGACCCUGAUCUCAAUAUGCACCCUCUCCUGUUCAGCUUGGGAAAGACACUCUCUGUAGAGCUUGGAAAAAAGAAGAAGAAGUUCAUGCCUUACAAUUAUCAGCAUAAGUAUUUCAGCUUAUUGGCCCCACUUGCACUUGUACCCUUCUUCCAGUUUUCCAUAUUCUACUUUGGAAUCAAGAAGAAAAAGUGGCUGGAAAUGUUAUUGGUGGUGUUUUACAACGUCCGAGUCUGCCUCAUGUAUAUUCCUUUAAUGGGAUUUAACAAUUUCAUGGUGUAUUACUGGAUGUCCAGGUACCUAGAGAGUACAUGGUUUAUUUGGGUGUCUCAGAUGAACCAUAUUCCAAUGCACAUUGAUUAUGACCAGAACAAAGAUUGGGUAUCUACUCAGCUUCAUGCAACAUGUAAUGUGAACCAAUCUUUGUUCAAUGACUGGUUCACCGGGCACUUGAACUUUCAAAUUGAGCACCACCUUUUUCCCACAAUGCCUCGACACAACUACUGGAAAGCAGCUCCUUUGGUGAAAGCCCUUUGUGAUAAGCAUGGCAUUGAGUAUAAAAGCAAGACUUUACUCAGAGCUUUUGUAGAUAUUUUGAACUCACUGAAAGAGUCAGGGGAACACUGGCUUGAAGCCUAUCUGCAUGGAUAGAUGCUGGCAGCUCUUGAAGAGAACUUCUUCACAAGACAACUGCUGCAAAGUCGGCACAGACCAACAGAGUGUUUGUGGCUUCUGGCAUAGGAACUUGGGAGCUGGGUGAAGUUAAUUGCAGUAAGAAUGAUGGGUGGGGAAGUGGAUUAAAGAUGUAUUUUUUCCAUUGUUCUGAACCACGAUAUCUCUAUUUUUUGCUGCUCUCAAACUCAGUAUUCAGAGCCAUGACAAUCUGGGCCUUUAGAUUUGGGUGUCGCAGCUCUUGAAUCAGCUGGAUCAAUUUACUGUGUAGGUUUCCUUUUUUAUGGGAAAAGUUUAAAUGGCAUUUCUUAGUAUUUUUGGCUUAAUGGCUCGGUAAAAAUGGAAUUAGAUAAAGCAAACUGCAGGAAGUCAGGACACGCUAGGAUGGGGGGGCCUUCAUGGGGUAUUCCAGGAUUGGUAAUUAAAGAACAAGAUGGUCUGCAGUAUGUUGUCAUCUCCAGUCAUCAUGUGUUCUCUUACUAGUUAACUGAAGUGCUGUGACUUGUGCUGUUCAUGAAAUGCAUAGGGGAGUAGAUAACUGGAUGCUCCAUUUUACUUCUCUAAGAGUUAGUUUGAAUAUGGUCCAAAAGGUCUGUAUAGUAUGUAUAAUUUAUAUUUAUACAUAUAUAUAAAAAAUUUGUGUGCUCUCUGAUUAGCUUCCUAAUUUGAUGUGUUAUGCAUCUUUGCUGAUGUUAGACUACUUUUAAAACCCUUAGUUUCAGUAGGCUAACUUGAAUUAGGCUUAGAAAUAUAGGCAUUGGGGGUGGGUCCAGAUCACAAAGGUAUACAGGGUUCUGUUACUUUUACUGAAUUUUACAUGUAUUAUUUUCCCUCUAAAUACCUUCCAGUGAUUUCAAGGACACAUGAGUAUUGACAUGAGCUGUUAGGCAACUAAGUACAUUUGUGGUUCCAUUACCAUAUCUGGAAAAACAAUUAAAUCAUACCUAAUUCCCCCCUGUGGCGCAAGUGGUAGAAGUGCCGCUCUGCUACACAGAGGCUCGAAUCCCGGGGGCUGGACUCGAUGAUCUCUAAGGUCCCUUCCAACCCGCACGAAACUAUGAAACUAUGAAACUAUGAAUUCUGUAAUUCCAUGCAGUUCUCUUUGGCCUUUACAAAUUUUUUUCCUUCAUUUCAGCAUCCCAAAGAACCAACUCUUACUGGUUUUGUACCUGUAAGAUGUUUGGCUCCUCCAGGAAGGAGGGGAAGGAUGUAGCCCCUCCACACUUAGGGUUCUGCAAAGCUUCUGCUAGUGGGAAGCAUAAUGACCACCCGUGUACAAGGCAUAGUAGGUCUCUUUAUGAAGAGUAUAUGACUCUGAUUAAUGUGUUUGAUCUUCAUUUAAUUAUAACAUUUUCUAAUAUGACCUAUAAUAAAUUUAGUUCAUUUUGAGACAGUUGAGCCUAACUAGCAAAACCUGAAUUGUACUGUAUUCACCUAAAUGUCCCAAAACUGUGAAUGUAGUCUGCAGUGCCAAUUAUAUAAUUUGCCCAUAAAAACAAAGACCAAGUGGAAGAAAAACGGUUCUUUUCCUCUGCCCUUCACACCCAGAAUUCUAUGCCCUAAGCUUUCAGUGGGCAAACCACUCAGGGGAGGAAAAUGGGGAAGACCUUAAAGUGAAAUGUUACUGUGGACAACCAGAUAGAUCUGCAGCCCACUGGUGAUUAAAUUACAUGCACUAGAAACUUCAGACAACAGCAGUCCUCUUCCAAGUAACGAAUAUUAUCAAACUCAUCCCAAGAAAGAUUUUGAACUUAAAUUUCUUCCUUGCUUUUUAAAAUUUUUAUUUAUUAUUCUGUUUUAAGAACAUUGGCUUUAUUUAUAAUUCGUGCUUGUAUGUGCAGGCCUAGUAACACUGUUCUGGUUAUUUCCUAAUAGUUGCUGAUAGAUGUCAUUGAAAAAGGUUAUGAUUAAAAAGCACUGUUGUUCAAAAACUACUUAAAUAUACUUUGAAAAUCUUUUCUAACUACUACAGUCUAAAAUGGUUCUGUGUUCCCAACUCAAAGGUCAGCUAUCCACAACUACAUGCAGGAGUAGCAGUGGUUUUGUAAGUAUUUAAGUGAUAGCACUUUCUUAAGAUGAAUGCAGGGGGGUUUCAUUACCUGCUCUAUUGUUCUGGUGAAAGUGGUUUGUUUAGGUAUUAAGGAUUUUGGUGGGGUUUUUUUUGUUUGUUUGUUUUUUACCAGUGGAACAUGAAAACUGUGGUCUUUCAAUAAAGAUAUUGAUUUUUGCUGAAAUUCUCUAAAGACAAGAUUGAAACACUGUAGUUCUUUUUGUUGUCUGCCUCAUGAAUCAAUCUGGUUCUUUGUUCCAUUUAGCCAACAUUCUAUUUGUUUGAAUGUAGUAAUUUAUUGAGUCAAUUUUUUGCAACCUCAUUUAAAUUAAGAUGUUUUUGUCUCUUUAACUGAUCUAACAGUGUGCUGAUCUAUGUGAAUGUUGAUUUAUCUCUUUAUCUGUUUCAUAAAGGUUAUUAGCAUACAUGAAACUGGUUUACCUUUGUCUUGUUCUAACAUGGUUCACAAACUUC